UUCUCACACAGAGCAACUGUGCCUUCAACACACCGCUGAGCAACAACGCUUCAUUUCAGCACGAGCUAAUCUUACCUUUUUAUUGACUCUUAAUUGAAUCCUCUCCAAAUGUCUGCUCUCUAAGCAGCUCUUUGCGCUCUCAUAGCUUACGGAUGACUGCGAGGAAACACUAAUAUCAAAUAGUUGUGGUUAGGUCCGAGAUGGAUUUACAGACGCUAAAUGAUACAUCUGGGAUUUGGGCAUGCCUUCCGCUUCAGAACAGCUCGGUUCUGAACGGGACCUUAAACGGGAGUCUGGAGAUUCCCGACGGCGCUUGCGGAGACGCGCUUCUGCUGCCCAAGACGGAACCGGCGCGAGCCAAAGAAAUGGAUUCGCUGCGCAUAUUGCUAUACUCUCUCAUAUUCCUGCUGAGUGUGUUUGGUAACCUGCUCAUCAUUGUGGUUUUGGUGGUGAAUAAGCGAAUGCGGACGGUGACCAACUCAUUCCUGCUCUCCCUGGCCAUUAGUGAUCUCAUGAUGGCUGUUUUCUGCAUGCCCUUCACUCUUAUUCCCAACCUGCUGGAGGAUUUCAUCUUUGGAGCUGCCAUGUGUAAGAUUGUGGCCUAUCUUAUGGGAAUCUCUGUCUGUAUAUCUACCCUCAGUCUGGUGGCUAUAGCCAUUGAGAGGUACAGUGCCAUUUGCAACCCGCUGAAGUCCCGGGCAUGGCAGACCCGAUCCCAUGCCUAUAAAGUCAUUGCUUCUACCUGGGUCCUGUCCUUCCUCAUUAUGACACCCUAUCCCAUCUUCAGCACGCUGGUGAAGUUCACCAAGCACAACAAGAUUACAGCUCACAUGUGCCGCCAUGACUGGCCAAAGAGCGAGGUGGAGCAAGCCUGGUACAUCCUGUUGCUAUUUGUUCUGUUCUUCAUUCCUGGAGUGGUGAUGAUCAUUGCUUAUGGGCUCAUUUCUCGAGAACUCUACCGUGGAAUACAGUUUGAAUUGGAGCAGAAGAAGGGACAGAGUGGAAUGAAAAAUGGUAUCAGCAACACUGUCUUAUAUAGCAGCGAUGACGGAGACGGCUGCUACAUCCAGGUGUCCAAGAGGCCAAACUCAAUGGAGAUGUCAGUCCUCACCCCAACGGGCUCCGCAAAGGUGGACCGACCCCGCAGCAACACGUCUGAAGCUAAACUGAAGGCCAAGAAGCGGGUGAUCCGUAUGCUUAUUGUCAUUGUGGCCAUGUUCUUCAUCUGCUGGAUGCCUCUGUACUCCGUCAACACCUGGAAAGCAUUCGACCUUCCCUCAGCCCACAGGGCUCUUUCUGGAGCCCCCAUCUCAUUCAUCCACCUGCUGUCCUACACGUCUGCCUGUGUCAACCCAAUCAUCUACUGCUUUAUGAACAAGCGCUUUCGAAAGGCACUUCUUGCCACCUUCUCCUGCUGCUGCUGGUCCUGCCGCAGAAGAGGCUUCAGGGAAGGUGACGAUGAGGUUACUGCCACCGGAGCGUCCAUGUCUAAGUUUAACUACACCACUGUCAGCACGAUGGGACCAUGCUGAUCCUCAAAGGACAAGAUGGAGAAGAAUUGGUGUGGAUGUUGGCAAAUGAUGAGGGUUAGAAGACUUAGAUUGUUUAUCACUUUCUUGCAGCUAAGACGACCAGAUGCUACAUCAACAGCAGCCAAUGGUUUAUGAUUCAUGAUUAUUCAUGUUGUUAUAUAUUCACCAGAGACUUGUCUAAAUGUAUAUUCUUGAGGUGGCGUCGAAGAGCUCGGUAGGAAUGGUCACACCAACCUCACCCUCUUCUGUCAAAGGUCUGUCACUCUCACAAAACAACAACAACAACAACAAAAAAGACGCCAAAUGACCGCCUGCAAAAUUUCUUUCUGAAUGAACUGGUUUUGGUGUAGAAGAACCAAAAAAGAGUAAUUUUUUUUUACCAUGAAUAACAAUCUGCAUUUGAGGUAAAGUUUGUGGUGUAGAGUUUGCUGAGGAAAAAUUUGGACCAGAUGCAAGCAGAACAAUGGCUCUUCAGGAUGAGAAGACACUCAUUGGGAGCCUUUAUCGACUGAGCGAUAAUGUUGAACUUGCUAGAUCAGAGUCAGCAGGAAGCAGAGUUUCUAGAGCUUUUAGUGCGUACUUGCUCAAAUGACUAUGUAAAUGUCUGAAUGUGGCUAGUAGAAUACCAGCCUUAUGCUUUACGUUAUCUUUUGUUGUAGUUUAAAGUGCCUGCAUAGUGUUUUUAAAUCCUUUUUGAGGCCAAGAAACAUCGGGAGGGAUUUCAUUCAUAAGAUCAGAACAGCUUUCCAAAGUCUGAGCCAUAAAAUAUUACAAAGUGGUUAAUGAUCAUGGUCUGUUUCUAGACAGGACAAUUAUUUUGGCAGUUGCCUUCAUAUUUUUUUUUUUUGGACUGAAGAGGUUUUGUUUUGUUUUUUGAAGUUGUCCUUUGUGGCCUUCAUAGUCUGUGGUUAUAGGGGACCUCAACUGAAUGAAAACGCUUUGAUUGAGGUGAACUCAUGCCAAUCUGUCAUAAUCUCACAGACUGAUUUAUGAAUGCUUUUUAAAUGCCCUCGUAAAUGUAUAGAUAUAAGCGUAUUAAGGUUCUGCAAGACAAGUCAUCAUCAAACAACAGCAAAGAACACUUACAUCUGAUUUGUGAUUGUUCUGUCCUUCUGUUAGAAGAUUCAUUUUAUUUUCUUAUUUAUUUUUAUUUUUUUAGGCAGGUUAGAGAGGGAAGCUUGAUUAAAUGUCAGAUAUUUUUGGAUGCCAUGGAGCCCAUGGGAAGUCAGACUUGAUUCAGUGAAUAUAAAAUAUUUCAAGAAUAUAAAACAAUAUAUGAAAUAAAUUAAACUUAAUGGCUGACUUUAAGUUCUGACAAAGGGACAACCGGGAGUGAUGAGUUCAGGAAUUUUGAUUUUAAUUACUGAUGAAAAAAACAAGCUGAAACUCCAAAAACUCAUGACACUCUGAAAGGAUGUAUACAAAGAUUAUUUUUGUCAUAAUGAUGGAAACACUUUACAAUGUAUUUCCUCUGCAUCAAAUUUACAGUUGUCGUAAAAAAAAAAAAAAAAAAAAAAAAAAAAAAAAUCAUUUACACAAUCUCAUUACUCAUCAAGUAAAUUACUAAAGAUUUAAAUUCAAACAUUAUACCAUUCCCAAUUCCUUA